AAAUGACUGAAAUCUCUCCUAAAAUACUUGAAACUUCAUCCGAGCCACCACCAAAAAAGAAGCGUGCCAAUUUUACACUCGAAUUCAAAAAUGAAGUUAUUCGAUUUGCUGAACAAACAAAUAAUUGUCAAGCUCAGAAGAAAUAUGGAGUUGCAAGAGCUUGUAUUCAACGAUGGAGACAUUUGAAGCACGAAUUAGCAUUCGAAUCAGAAGGAAAACAAGGAGCAAAGAGGCUCGGUGGAGCAGGAAGACCGCUAAAGAAUGUGGAAUUAGAUGAGAAAGUUGAAGAUUGGAUUGCUUCGAAAAACGGGAAAAUUUCGGGAAAAGAUAUCAAGGAAUAUGCGAAGAAAAUUAAUGGAAAUGCAGACUUUAAGGCAAGUAAUGGUUGGCUUCAAAGAUUUAUGAUUCGACACGGAUUGAUAAAAGCAAGAAGUUCAAGCCCAAAAACGCCAUCAACUAGUGAUGGCACAACAGACAAAACGCUUGAAGAAUCACUUUUUGAACUAAUUAACAGUGAUGAAUGGAAGAAUAUAUCAGAAGGAAAUGUUUCAGGAUUCCUAGAAGAUUUUAAUGCAGAAAAUGGAGAAACUAGUUUAAAAGUCGAGGGAAACAAUAGUACAACCACAGAGAGUGAAGUAAAACAGAAACCAAAUGAAUCAUCGAAAUUGCCAGAAAUAAACAUUUUUCAACAAUUGGAGAUGCUUAUUAAGGAUUCUAAUGGGAAGGAAGACAGUGUAGAAGAAACCGAAACAUCUGUGAACCGUUCUCCGAAAUCUUAUUAAUUUUUUGUUAUCGUUCAUAUUUUUCUAAAACUAUAGCAUGUUAUUUUCCAUUGAAACAAUUCAUAUCUGAUAUUCAUAAUCAAAAUUUGGAAUACUCAUGGAAAGUUAAAUCUCGCCAAUAAAAUAAUGUGACCAAUUCUU